UAAAAAUAAAGAACACAACACUUCCUGAAAAUGUAUAGAUAAAGGAACAGAUGCAAAUGGAUCAAUUGAAAUCAUGUGGCAAAACACCCUGCAGCCGUUCCUCGGUGAUCCACUGAAACUGAGUUAAAGGCCAGUUUACACCAGCUUCAGUCUCUUCAACCAUCAUAAAACACAAGCUCAUCCUUUUCAAGGCUUCAUGAAGAUUUUGAUCAGCUGGUUCAGAUGUUUUAAGUUAUCUCAAGACUCGAAAACUUUAAGUAGACAUUGGACGGUGUCUCCAAUCUUUCUGAAAAAAAGAAAGUAUUUCAUCAGAGCAGCCCUGAGCGAGGAAAGAAAAACAGCCCUUCAGAGAUCCACAAUUCAGAUCCACCAGAAACUAACAACAUCAUUGAUGAUGAAGACCCUUCUCUUUAUCUCCAUCUACCUCCUGGGUCAAGUAGACAGGGCUGCUGAAACCGUGAGCGGCAUCGUUGGAGAAAGUCUCGUCAUCAACUGUCCAUAUAAUAAAAAGACAGAGAAAGACAGAGAAAGAAGCUUUUGCAAAAAGAAUACCAACAAAUGUGCCACCCUGAGAGGAGAACAAAGCAAUUUAUGGACCGAUGGAGGGAGAUUCUCUAUGCAUGAUAAUACAUCUGUGGGUUUGUUGAGCGUGUUCAUUAAAAACCUGACCAAUAACGACCAGGGAACUUACGAAUGUAAAGUGGAGAAUAAAUCGGAUCUAAAGCUCAAAUUAGAAGAACCUGUAGAACACGACGCCUGCUGUGGGGAAUCACAAAAUCAAACUGGUUAUGUAGGAGGAAGUGUUACUGUCAGCUGUAAAUAUCCAGGGAAAUAUAAGAAUUAUGAAAAGCAUUUGUUCAGAGUGAAUAAUGCAUCUCUAGGGUCUGUCAUUCACGGAUACAAACACACCAACGGGAGACACACUAUUGUCGACAACCCCGCAGCAAAAGUCUUUAAUGUGACUAUUAAUAAAGUCGAUAGACACGAUGAAGGCAUCUAUUUCUGUGGAUCAACGAAAGAAGGGAAAUACAUUCACCUUUUAAAUGUGAUUUAUCUCAACGUUUCAAAUCAAAAUCAAACCUCUUCAGAUUCCUAUGUGAUUAUUAUUAUAGUGUGUGUGUGUUUGAUUCUGAUGGCAGCUGGAGGACUGAUUCUGUUGUGGUAUAAGCUGGGAUGUAAGAAGAACGCAGGUUCAAAAUCAUCAUCAAAUCAGAGGACCUCAAUAGACUGUCAGGAGCAAUCAACUGUUGUUUAUUACGAAACAAUUGAUGAGUCAAAAACUGGAUCCGCAACAGUAAACCCGACUGUCAAUGUAUGCACAGUGUAUACCACGGCAGAAUUACCCACAAUCCCCUCUGACAGAGAUUUCUACACAAUGGCUGAAUCGCCAGAAAGACCAGCAGACCCUUAAAGAGAGACAACAUCACUGCCACACAAACAUCACACUGUGAACAUUGCCAGGUUUUCACAAAUUUUAUUGUAGGUUUUUACAAUGAAGUAUUCUAUUCUGUACAGUAAAUUCCUUUGAAGCGGUCAUCUUGCUUGGUGUUUCACUGUAAAAAACUGCCAGGAUAUCGCACAAUUUCACUGUGGUUUUUCACAAUUAAAAACUGUAUUUAACCCUAAACUAAUAUCACAGCAAAUUUAUGUAAUGUAUCUCGCAUUGAGUUAAGUUACAGGGCAAAAGUGUAUAAAGUUAGCACUCUCUGAAGGGCCUUCGGGAAGGGACACCACACAAAACGUCACUCCAUAAUAAAGAGAACAUUACGUUGGUUUUUAUUGCUCAUUUUGAAUAGACCGUUAAGAGAUACGAUUAAGUUUUUCCUCUAGAGGUUCUUAAAAUUUACAUUCAAAUAUCUAAAUCUGAAUUCUUGUCAAUGUCAAAGGUUCGGUAGAAUUGCUAUUACAAAACCUUUAUUAAACAUUUAAAACAACUACUAAAUACGUUUAAAAAACAAAUCAAUAUAUGUGAAAAGUUUAUUUGGAAAAACAGAUAACUCAGUUUAAUCAUGUUUUUAUAUUGUUAAUUAGCUGUAUUUAUAU